GACCAGAACAGAGGCCGCAUUCUCAGAUAAUUCUAUUUUCAUUUCUGCCAAUACUAUUUGCAUGGAGUCCGCCGCUGCUUUUGGAGGCGCGUAUUUUAUUUAUUUAUUCCUUUUUCCACGUUUAUGGCACCAAACACAAUUCCAAUUGAGAUGAGAGAGAUUGUUUGAGCUUUUUAAUUCCACUUAUUACAGAUUGCCAACCCCAACUAAUUUGAAAACUGUGCAAAAUAAAGUUUUUUUUAUGCAUAUAACACAUUCUGAAUUGCAAUUUCUGCGAAGUAAGAUUUGAGUUACUUAAGAAAACAUUACAAAAAAAUUGAUUAGAAAUUAUGCAAUUGUUAUUCUUGGUACUGUUGUCUGUCAUCAAUUUAGCGACUUACUCCACUGCAGGCGAGGGUGAUCUAGAUGCUAAUAAAAAGCCUCUGCUCGACAAGGAAGAUAUUCUACAAUUGAGUGUUAUAGCGGGUGCAGAUCAGAUAGUCAAAAAUUUAAAGAUUCACGAUAUUGACUCCUCCAUGUUAAAGGACUUGAGUGGAAUAGUGAUGAAGGAAAUGCUGCAUGGCGCCAAAGUAGUGGAUUUGUUUGAUAAGCUGCUCGUUUGGUGCUCGGUCAACGGUAUAGGUAAAUCAAAAACCGAAGAAGAUCCGAAAAAGCAGCGUGAUAAUUCAAAGUCAAAUGCCAAAGGAAGUGAGCAAAGCUAUCUUUGCCUGAUUGAAAACGGAUCUGAAAAGUGCUAUGUUUAUAAUUACAACCCUGACGAAGACAUCUCUGUAGAAGAGCAUUCCUUAAAGGACAACAAAGAACUAUAAGUCAGCGAACAAACAAAAGCAUUCCAAGACAAAAGUUGCAAAAAUAUAAAAUACAAAUACAAAAGCUUGGGUACAAAAACUUGCCGACUUC